AUGUUUAUCCUACAGCUUUCAAUAAUUCUGUCUCUACUGCCAAGAUCACCCGAGGUCUUCUUGGACUUUGGCGUCGAUGGCGUGCGCCUAGGGCGCGUCUACAUCAGAAUCAGGGGGGAGCUCCGCCGGGCCCAGCACUUCCUGGCCCUGUGCACGGGGCUGCUGGGUCCCUCCUACAAGGGCUCCAGAUGCAACAAGGUGGAGAGCAAGGACAAACCCGGCGAGUGUCUGCGAGUGAGCCACUACGUCAGGACAGACGGGACGCUGGCUUCCAGAGGCCUCAUGGGAGGGCUGGAAUGGAGCGGGGAGCACAGCUCCGUGAAGAGGGAAGGGAUGGUCGUGUCCGCCUGCGGCGGGAGGAACGACUACGACGGCUGCUUCGACAUCUGCACGAGGGGGAAUCCCAACAAGAAGUUCUCGUGCCCCUUCGGGGAGGUCGUCGCCGGGUUGGAGGUCGUGAAGGAAGCGACUUGCUACGAGCCGAUUGGGGACCUGACCGUCAUGAAUACCGGGGUGGUUGUUCUGGAUAGGAAGUCACAGGAAGAUUAUUAA